UUGAUCAGUUGGAGACAGAGCCUGGUGGAAGCAGCAGCAGUAGCGUAGCAGUAGUAGUCAGAUAUAUACACACAUAUAUACACCUCCUCUCUCUUUUUAUUUAACUGAACCACCACCACAUUGUCGGACUAUAUAUAUAUAUACACUCACUCUCUCUCAGCCACGGAGACCCUAUUUACUCGGACUUUUAUUUAUUUCCUCGUUCUUAUGAAAUUUCCUUCCCUCCUUAUCUCGUUUUUCUUCACAUCCGACAGUCGAGUGGACGUGUGUGUUUAAUUCAUUCUUGCUGUAUGUAUGUGUGUGUGUGUGAUAGUGUGUGAGUGAGUGUGUGAAUGUGUGUGCGAGUAUGGAUGUAUGUGUGUGUGAGUGAGUAAUUGGUUCCGGAAAGGAAGAACUGGAAUUUUGUGUGUUUUGUUCUGUCUUGAGAAAGAAAAAAAAAAUUAAUAAUAAAGGGGGAGGGGAAAAAGAUGGAUGCUAUACCCGAAUUUCCGAAACUCGUUGUGGAGAAGAAACGUGCGUACGAGGCGGAGGAAAGGGAGCAACAAUCUCCCUCCUGUGGUAGAGACAUUAGUAUUGGUGAUGGUGUCGUUGGUGGUGAUAUGAAGUCAUCUUCUUCCUCCACUUGUCAGUAUUCAACAUGGAAACAGAAGCGAAAGCUAAACCACAAUGAUACAAACAGUGACGGGGCUCAGGUGAAAUCCCCAAACUCAAAGUAUAGCCCUCAUAGCAACGACGGUUCUCUACCAUCUCCGGGGAUGACUAGUCCGAUUUCGUUUGCGACCACCACAACGAAUUCUGAUGGCAGCCGUGAUGCGGGAGAGAAGCUGGUCGAUGAUGAUCGCAUCAUACCAGUCCAUGAUAAUCCGUUUUUUGUCAAAGACGGCAGGAGAAGUCUGGACAGAAGAGAUAUGAACGGCUCCUUGGAUUACCACAAUGACGAAACCAUCAACAACCGCCAGGACAUAUCAAAUUUCCGAGACGACACGGAUAUGGAGUACCAUCCUGGAUCCGGAUUUGUUAGCCGUUUAAAGGAUAAAUUUUCAUCAUUAGGUGCCAGAGAAGAUGUAACUGUGUUGCGCCCGAAAAGAUCUUCCAGUUUUGAAAAUCUGUUGGAUGGUAGACCGAAAUCACAUAAUGGUGGGGACUUAGGUCUGACGGACACAAGGCGGAAAUUCCGAGACGGCCGCGCUGUGAGCGUUGAAAAUUUGAACCACACCAUGGAUAAAAGCUCUACUUCUCCAAACCUGGUGCUCGAUUUGAAAUUAGCGAAACAAGGAAGUAGCGACAGUGGCAGUGACAUUAGGAACACAAACAAAGACCGGGAAACUGUGGUGCCAGAGAAAAGCCCGACCAUUCAUCCGCUUUCUCCGUCUCCAAGUUUUGAUGCUAAACCCCACAUUAGUGUCAUAUCCGCUGCAGCCAAUGAUGAAAACAAAAACGUAGAUGAAUUGCCGAAACCCAAUACAGUUUCGUCGUUUCGAAGUUUAUUUGAGAAUUCUGCUAACAAUGAUACGGUGAUAAUGAAACCCAAGGGUAAGACCACACCGGCCCCUGUGAAACCUGUAAAUUCUACUACACCUGAAACAUUAAUAUCACCAAAUAAAAAAGAAAGUAAAGCUGCCCUUGUUGCAACUAAACCUGCACCACCACCACCUCCGAAAGAAAGGAACCACGAAGCAUCUGUUAAAAAACCUGAAGUUGCAAAACGUACGGUGUUGGAACAGAAGAAUUCCGGAAUUGCUGAAAAUAACUCAAGUUCUUUAGAAAAGGACAGUUCCAGUGUUAAGACAACUGCUAAGCAGGCAACACCAAGUUUACCCCUAACAUCACACAUUUCAUCUUCACCCACUUUAGAGACAUCCUCUUCGUCGCAGAUUAAUCAAGUAUCGGACUCCAAGAGAGUGGCACCAGUUGUUCCUGCUGAAAAUGACCACCACUCGGUGUCUGAAAGUAAAGAAAACACAAGACCGUCUAGUGAUACAAAUGCUGAAUUUCAUAACCGCGGGCUCCCUUCGAUUCUUAUGAGAAAAAACACCGAUGAUUCCGGAGAACUUGGCCAGGUGGUCCUGCGGAAGGUGAAACCUAGGAUCUUGGAAGAUGAUGACGAACUUAAAGGUAGAAUUACUUAUUAUCCAGCUGGUCUUAACAAAACGACAAAUUCUUCGUCUUCCGAAGAACCGACACCAAAGAUGAGGCAUCCACCUCUUGUGACAGGCAUCAGCGGUAUUGGUAACACUGAUCUGUGGGGUGAAGAGGACGAUGAAGAUAUUUUCUAUGCAGACGGUGAGGUGAUUGAGAAAGAUGUGGAAGAUAACCGACACAUCAUUAUCACAGACUCUAUGUUGAAGAAAAAUCCCAAUGCGGGUACUUUGACACACUUGGAUUUAUCACAUCUUACCAAUGACGGCGGCCAGGAACACCAGGAAGGCUAUAUUCCUUCCAAAAUUGGGCCUUGUAAGAUACAAUUCAUUGGAGCAAAUGUCAAACUUGACAGAAGCUGUAUAAUAAAGAAUAAAACAUCAAAGCACAAGGUGUGUUUCAGUGACCAGAUCAGCACCUUACAUGACUAUCCAUCGGAGGAAGUGAUGCUGGAACAUUAUCUCCUGGAACAUCCGGAAGAGAGGAAUGAGCUGCUAUUACUGGAAGGCCAUGGUCUUGAUGGAAUGAACGAAUCCACCGAUGACGGCUCGGAAUCUGAUGACAGCAGCCCUGUCAGUCCUGAUGACGGAAUGAGAUCAAACUUGGCUUUAUCUUCAACAGGAGGUUUGGCCCGGUACCAUUCCAAAUAUGGAAUGGAAUACGAAUUUGGAAUGCAAAUGGAAGAGGAGUUGAAGCCAGCAGUACAUGACAAGAAACUGAAUAAUGGACAAGAAACGGACAUUUAUCAAUUAACUCCAGCCGAUGAGAGAGACCUAACGUCAUGGUCAAAUGUCUCCGGCACAGACCUUCUCUUCUAGAUUCAGUUUCAUUUUCUUACAGAUACACUAUUAUCAUUAUUAUUAUUAAUUAUUAUUAUUUUGAAAAUUUUUAUAGUUAUUAAUAUUAUUAUUAUUAUUAUAUUUUAUAAGCAAAUUCUAUCAUGGAUUAAUCAUUGUUGUAUUGUU